AUGCGUACUGCCACAUCACAAGACUCUUUCCUCUACGUGUAUAGCUGUGAUUUAACUGCUAAUUUACAGGUGAAGAUAUGCGACUUCGAAGGGAAAUACCGCGAUCCUCACAAUCCUAUUCGAAAACUUCACCAACUUUGCGCACAAGCUACGGUAUAUUGUAAUGGAAGAGCUGUUGGCUACUCAGUGAUGACAUCGUAUAAACCACCACCGGACGAUAGUGAGCGCUCCCGUAAUCGACUUAUACAAUCAUGGGGAGAAUGGCUAACACUGCCAGUGAGAUACUGUGAUCUCAGCCGCGAUGCUUCAAUUCACCUUUCUGUUUGGGAGUUGACGUCAGGCACUGAGACAGACAUGUUAUUUCCGCGGUUUGAACUUCCGAAGCGUCCAGAAGGAGUACCAAGUCCGUUGCCGAAAAGGUUGAUAGCGCAGUCUUCACUGCCGCUGUUCAGUAAACGCGGUGUGUUCAAGUCGGGAACUUUAGAUGUACAGAUGGAACUGUCCGAGGUUUUUGAUCCUCUACAUCGCUGUGUGGAGCAGUGGAAAUUCCCAGAUCCGAAUGACAGUCACUUAAGUGAGCUUCUGAAACAGGUUUCACGCCAACAGCGAAAUUUGGUGGCGGAGGUACCAUGGAUGGAUCCGUUUACGUUGAAAAAAGUCGAAGAGAUCAGAAGUAAUAGAAAGUUCGCGUCAACUCAGCGGUAUCUGUUUCUUGUUAUCAAAAUGGCAUCGAUUCAAUAUGACCGUCAACACUACGAUGUAGUUUAUUAUGAAGAUCCUACUCCAGACCUAAGAAUAGUUGCGUCUAUGGGUGGAAACGGCGUCGGUGCAACCUCACCGAGAAUUUCCGACCCGGAAUUAGGGCUGGAAAAUUUGGCUGAAACUAAACACAAUGUCAUGACACGAAAUGCUAGGGCAGGAGCCAUGGACAAACAGUUGAAGCCUAAUAAACAGACCAAAGAUCGACUGGAAACCAUUAUUAAACUGCCUUCUUCCCAGUCGCUCACAAGAGAACAAAGAGAUUUGGUGUGGAAAUUCCGUUACUUCUUGCAAGCUGAUCGGAGAGCGCUCAACAAAUUUUUACGUUCGGUGAAUUGGGAUCAGCCGGGAGAGGAGCAACAUGCUUUGGCAUUACUGAACGAUUGGACUCCUAUAGAAGCCGAAGAUGCCCUUGAGCUCUUGUCACCGGCAUUCACUCAUCCGGAUGUCAGAUGUUAUGCUGUUUCACGACUUUUCGAUGCUGCAUCACCUGAUCAAGUGUUACUUUACCUUCCACAACUUGUGCAAGCGAUCAAGUAUGAACCACUACCUACAACAGAUGCAGCGAUAGUUGAACAGAUGGAAUCGUGUUCUAAUUCGCAGGCCACUGAAGCGACAGAGGUGGUUGUUUUGGAGGAGGACGAUCUUGCGACAAGGACCACCGAUGAUUUGGCGGCCUUUCUGGUUAAAUAUGCAACAGGAUAUCCGAAAGUGGCAAAUUUCCUUUUUUGGCAUUUGAAAGUUGAGGCAGAGGCAACUGGCACAACUGACGAGGCAAUAUCCUCAGUCUAUGAGCGGUUACUGAACCGCUUGCUGGAUACGCUCCAGCGAGGAACACCGGAAAUGAAACGGCAAGCGGAAAGCUUAAGGUUGCAGCGGCAGUUUGUGGAAGAUCUUAAAGUGCUAAUGCAAGAAGCAAAAACCAAACAUAGUCGUCGUGAUCUACGCCAAACUGCACUAUGCACCUUACUGAGCAAUGCUAGACAUAUGAAGGAGUUACGAGGCCUACACCUUCCUCUGGAUCCUAGCGUGAGGCUUGCUGGGGUGCUACCUGACUCGGCUGUCUUGUUCAACAGCGCCAUGAUGCCAGUGAAAUUGACUUUUCGAACCGUAACUGGUACAGACACCAAUAAAGAGUAUACGGUGAUCUUUAAACAAGGAGAUGACCUAAGGCAGGACCAACUAGUCAUACAAAUGUUCCGUCUAAUGGAUAGUCUCUUCAAAAAAGACCAGCUUGAUUUGAAAUUGACGCCGUAUGCUGUCUUGUCUACCGGUGUCAACGAAGGAUUUGUACAAUUCGUAAAAGCAAGACCACUCCGAGAAGUUAUAAACACUUACAAACGUUACAAUACAGACAGCAUAAAGGAAGCAAUGAAAGAAGCCCGUCCGGAUGCGAACGGUCCACUGGGUAUUGAGGCAGAUGUGGUAGACAACUACGUGAGAUCAUUAGCUGGAUACUGUGUGAUGUGUUACGUCCUUGGAGUUGGCGACCGACAUCUUGAUAAUUUACUUCUUUGCGAAAAUGGUCGACUAUUUCACGUGGACUUUGGAUUCAUACUUGGCCGUGAUCCAAAACCGCUACCACCACCGAUGAAGCUGACGAGUGAAAUGUUACAAGCAAUGGGAGGAAUUAAAAGUGAUCAUUUUCGACAUUUUUGCAUGCACUGUGACUCCGCUUACCGUAUACUGCGAAGACAUGCUAAUGUGAUUUUGAAUUUGUUCUCACUUAUGCUUGAUGCCGGUAUUCACAAUAUUUCGGAAGAACGGGACAAAGCUGUUUUUAAGAUAAGUUCUUGA